UGUGGCGCUUCUACAGGACCACAGGAAAACUGUGAAGGAAGCGGAGUUUGUCCCAUCUUUUCUGUCAGUUUAUCGGUGUGUGUUCCUGACAGCUGCACCAAGAGAAACUUCUAUAGACACAGUUAACAGCACGCUGACAGAUACAAAGAUGGAAAUAGAGAAGGAAGUGAAGAAGAUGUCCCUUGGCCAUGAGUUUGGUGCUGGAGCAGCUUGCUUAAAAUGCAAAGACAAAUGUGAAGGCUUUGAGCUGCAUUUCUGGAGGAAGAUUUGUCGAAACUGCAAAUGUGGUCUUGCAGAACACGAUGUGGCGAUGAGCUCAGAGGAGAACAUGAAAGUAGGCAAGCUCUUCGAGGACACCAAGUACACCGGCCUCAUUGCCAAGUUGAAUACAGACGGUAUCCCCAGAUACGGGAGCAACGCAGUGACCAUCACUUUGCCUGCCCCUGCCACCGCUUACACAAUACCACCCAGUGCCUCCUCUACUGUUGUGCCCCCAUCUGCCACAGCAGAUUCUGUGCAUCCAUCUGGUUCUCCGCAUCCAGCAGGUUCUGUACAUCCUGCAGGUUCUACACAUCCAGCAGGUUCUGUGCAUCCUGCAGGUUCUGUACAUCCAGCAGGUUCUGUGCAUCCUGCAGGUUCUGUACAUCCAGCAGGUUCUGUACAUCCAGCAGGUUCUGUGCGUCCUGCAGGUUCUGUGCAUCCUGCAGGUUCUGUACAUCCAGCAGGUUCUGUACAUCCAGCAGGUUCUGUGCAUCCUGCAGGUUCUGCAGCCGUCGGCUCUCAGGCACAGACACCAGGUCAUGCUCAGGUACAGCCUGUAUCGGUGAGCAUCACACCGGUGAAGGCUAGCAAAGUUCCUGUCGCAACCAGCGUUUCAGCAGCUAACGUGGUCUCCGUCCCCAAAGAUGUGCCCAUGAAGUCUGUCACGUACGAGUGGGCACCACCAGUACCCAACAAAUAUUUGGCAGUGCGCUACAUUGAGCUGCUCCCACCUGAGAAGCGCCCGGUGGCCGGCACAGAGGGAGCUGUUUACCGUCGCAAGCAGAUGGCUCAUCAGCUGCCUGAGCACGACCAGGACCCGUCCAAGUGCCACGAGCUGAGCCCUGCUGAGGUCAAGCAAAUGCAGCAGUUUGUCCGUAAGUACAAGGAUGAAGCCCUGGGGGUCGGCGACGUCAUGCUGCCUGAGGAGAUGGCUCAGGUUCAGGCAGGAAAGCAAGGUGGAGCUGCUGGUGGUACACCUGGAGCAGGGGAUUCUGGGUUUGGUCCUGGAACUGGUGUUGCUGCUGGGGCUGGCAGUGGAGCUGGAUUCACGCCAGGAGCAGGAGUUUCUGGGGUGGGUUCUGCCCCAGGGCUUGCAGGCUCUGGUGUUAGAGCUGGAGCCAGAAGUGGUUUGGGACCUGCAGCAGGUGGAGCUGGAGUUCCUGGGACUGGAGCUGGUUCUGUCUCAGGGCUUACAGGACCUGGUGCUGCAGCUGGAGUUGGAAGUGGGUUUGGACCUACAGCAGGGGGAGCUGGGGCUGUUGGAGCGAGACCAUUUGCAGGACCUGGAACUGGACAGUCUAGUGGUCCAGCUGGAGGAGCCAUGGGCACUGCUGCCACUGCUGGAGCCAUGAGCACCGGACUACCACAAAGAAACUUUUCAUGCUAUCAGUGCCAGCAGCCCAUGGGACGGGGUGAGCCGGCCGUGUACGCCGAGCGUGCCGGCUAUGACAAGCUGUGGCACCCAGCAUGCUUUGUGUGCUGUACCUGCAAUGAGCUGCUCGUGGACAUGAUCUACUUCUGGAAGAAAGGCAAGAUGUACUGUGGACGUCACUAUGGAGACAGCGAGAAGCCUCGAUGUGCGGGCUGUGAUGAGCUGAUCUUCAGUAACGAGUACACUCAAGCUGAGGGGCAGAACUGGCAUCUGAAGCAUUUCUGCUGUUUUGACUGUGACUGCAUCCUGGCUGGAGAGACGUAUGUAAUGGAGAACAACAAGCCCGUCUGUAAACCCUGCUACAUGAAAAACUAUGCUGUGAAAUGCUCAUCCUGCCAGAAUGCUGUGGAACCGGAGGCUCAGAGAGUUUCCUACGGCGAUCACCACUGGCACGCAGAGCCACAGUGCUUUCAGUGCUCCGGCUGCUCAAAGUGCCUGAUGGGCGAGCGCUUCAUGGUGGUGAAGAGCGUCCUCUUCUGCUCUGUGGAGUGCAAGAAGAAAGUCCUGGCUUAGCUGAACAAUGCAUCUUAUUUAAGACCACUUGGACCAGUGAAACCUGGGCUGGUUCAGCUGAGAAUGGAUCCCCAGCAGAGAUGGGUUGUGGUUGGGUUAGUACUGAAGAGUCUUGAUUAGUAUUAUAUCAGAGAUCUGAAUGGAACACUGAUAUGAUCCAGAUGGUGUGAAACCCAAAACUUCUACUGUACAUUUUUGUCUUCAACCUUGACAUUUUUUUUUCUUGGGGGUGGGGGAGGGGCACUUGCACAAUUUUUUUUAUUUUUUAUUUGCAUCUUAGUUUUUUGUUGUUGUUUUUUUUCUUCAUAAACAUGUGUUUGGUGGUACAUGAAAUGCCACACCCUCAGAUAACCUACUGCUAAUUAAUGUGCAAACAUUAACUGUUAUGUUAAGUAAAAACUACUGAUACUGUCCUCUGUGUAGUAAUGUCAACUCAAUCUGGUGUUAGCUGAAAAGCAAUAGGAGCAAAGAAUGCACUUGUCUGCAGCCAUUUCUUUUGUUUUUUUUUUGUUUUUUUUUUUAAUUAAACUUAUUUUCUGGCCUUUAAAAAUUUUCAAAUGUUCUCAGCUUUAAUUUACAAAACCAAUUUCAGUACUAGUAUAUGAAGUGCAAUGAAGCUGUGCAGUCCAACAUGCAUAUUACAUCUGCUUUUUAUAUCUGUGCUGAUGGAUGUACAUGUGGGUUAAGACCACACAAUGGAAAAGUAAGGUCUUCAGUCUUGGAUGUACAAGUAUAUAAAAUGUUGAUAAAUAAAGAACAAAAUAAAUUCUCAA